UUUCAUUCAAUUUGCUGUCACAAUCUAAGCUUUGAGUUGGAGUUUUCGUUUUCUAAAAGGUGGUAUAUUUAUUAAAAUGCUUAAAACUGAGGACCUUAACCCUGUAUUGAAUCCUGUCAUAGAUGCCGACUGUGCUGAAAAGUUGAGUUUAAUAGAGCAAGAAUUUAAGGAAGGAGACAUCACUUUGAAGGGUUACUGGAAAAAAAAAUGCAGCCUAUUGGAUAAUUUUUUACCAGAUGCUAUUAAAAGACAAAUGGAAGAUCUUGCCAAGGAGUUGAAAGAAGCUGAUAUUACAGAAAAAGGCUACUACAAAAAACUGGAAGAAAUUAUUGAAGGAUUUCUCAAGAACACACUGAACAAAUGCAAUGGCACAAAUGGUCACUGUGAUGUGCUGAGCGACACUGCGUCAUUAAAGCCUGCUGGAACAGCUGGUAGCGCCUUACUAAAUGGGUCAUCUGGCAGCAAGGCUCUGUCGCCAAGUGGGUCAUCUAGUGGCUGCUCAAAAACUAGGUCAUCUGACAGCUCCUCACAAAGUGGGUCAUCUGGCGGCAAGGCUCUGUCACCAAGUGGGUCAUCUAGUGGCUGCUCAAAAACUAGGUCAUCUGACAGCUCCUCACAAAGUGGGUCAUCUGUCAGCAAGACGCUGUCUCAGUUUGCAUUUAACCCAAAACCUGAAACAGACAGUGCACAAAAAAUAGCAGCUGAAGAGACUACAGAGGUACAGUUAAAAUAG